AUUCACAAGUUGUUCUCUCUUGCCUUUUGCUUCAUUUCUUAGCAAUUCAAAUUUGCCUUGUGCCUUUUAUUCAAUAGAUCAAUUAAGUACCAAAAAAGUAUUAAACUUAGAACCUGGAGGAGGAUUAAGUUUUAAUUUAAGCUCUAAGUUUUAUAUUGUUUCUAGCUGUACUCAGUGAUGGAUCCCUCUAGUGCACAGCAUCACCAUCAUCAGGAAUUGUCUUCUCAAACCCUAGAAAGCAUGCUGGUGAGCACAAAGCCACAACAACAAGAUCAAAAGAAGCCAAAGCCACCAGAGCAAGCAAUAAAAUGUCCAAGAUGUGACUCCUCCAACACCAAAUUUUGCUACUACAACAACUACAGUCUCUCUCAACCUAGAUAUUUUUGCAAAUCAUGUAGAAGAUAUUGGACCAAAGGAGGAACAUUAAGAAAUGUUCCAGUAGGAGGAGGCUGUAGGAAGAACAAAAGGUCAUCAUCAUCAUCAAGAAGUAGUAGUAGCCAAGAUCAACAUUCCAUUAUCAACCCUCCUAAUUGCCCUAAUAAUCCAUUUUCCUAUGAUUCUAGUGAUUUGAGCCUAGCAUUUGCUAGGCUUCAAAAACAAGGGAAUGGGCAAUUGGGAUUUGAAAACCAUAACAAUAUUUCAAUGAUGUGCAAUGAAAAUCCAAGUGGAAUAUUUCUUGAUGCACUUAGGGGUAGUACUGGAUUCCUUGAAAAUAAUAAUCCAUUAAAUGGAUUAAUUCAUCACCAGAAUUUGUACUAUGGAGUUGGGAAUAUUAUUAAUGGGGACAUGGGAUUACAUAAUGUGGAAAAUGGUGGAAUAGGGGUGAAUAACAAUGAUCAAGAAAUGGGAUUAAUGCAUAAUUAUGAUCAAGAAAUAAGCAGUGGUGUGACAACAUCUACAACAGUGACAACAGUUAAACAAGAGAUGUGCAACAUGGCUAAAGAUCAAGGUGACAACAGAAUUUUGUGGGGAUUUCCAUGGCAAAUUAAUGGAGAAGGAAAUAAUAUGGCUGAUUUUGAUUCAACUAGAAGAAUGUGGAAUGGAGUUGGUGGCUCUUCUUGGCAUGGACUUCUCAAUAGCCCUCUGAUGUAGAUGUUAGUAUACUGCUUGAUUAAUUUAGAAUCACGUUGAAUAGGAUCCAGUGAUUAAUUUGGAUUCACCCUGAAAAGGAUCCAUAAAAAACGUUUUUUAUUAGGAAUUUCUCUAUUUUCAGGCAUGGAGAAUUUUGUUCUUCGAUCAGAGUUGAAGGUUAACUUAAUGAUGUUGUGUAAAUUGAUUUGGUUCACUUGAAUCAUCUCUCUCUAAAAAAAGUUUCGUUUUGGGGUUGUGCUUUUUAGGUCUCUUCCUUGUGGAUUGACAAACUAAUUAAUGAAAGUUGAUUUUUUUUUCUUCAA